AUGAGGGCGGAUAGGGACGACGUGGCUCCCGUGGCGCCCGCUGAAAGGAGUGAUUUGGUCGUGUGCUCCCUACACCACAGCCGUCGCUUGGCAAAGUUUUGUCUUCGUAAACCAGUGUACAAUGCUGACCGUGUUAUGGUGGGCUACACUUACCAGUGCAGGGAAGGAAUGCAGUGUACAAGCUCAGUGCCUAGGAGCUCUGCCUUCAGUCAGCGUCAGAAUAGUUUAGCUGUUGAGGGUCGGAGUGACUCUUCCCUACAAGUGGAGAUGACGACAGGGGCACCAACGAACACAAGAACAACAGCGGCAGACACUGCUACAACACCCGAUGGAGAUGCUCUUCAACAGCAGCAGCAGCCGAGGACUACGGCUGCGCGAGGCCCCAAUCGGUACUACGAUCUCACCAGUCAACGCGGCACAGGUGCAGCAGGGACGAAGAAGGUGUGCUGGAACUGCGGUAUGGAGGGACACGAAAAACCAGAAUGCCCCAAUGCACUAUGUAAAGUAUGCCACACCACACGCAGCCAUCAUCAUCUCUGCCAGGAGCCGCGUUCUUCGCCCUUUGUGAUCUUGUCCCCAGCUCUUCCUUUAUCGGAAGAUAUGACGUCUGUGCAGUGCGUUUCGUGCCUUUCAAUGGGCCAUUUUGACUGCUCUACUGUGACAGGAUCACUAACCACUUCUUGUUGCUUCUGCGGAGAGAUGGGGCACAACGCGUAUGACUGCCGCAGACGAAAAGACCAUGCGCCGGACCCUUGGGUAAACCGAAUGCUGCAUUCUGAGCGUGGUCCUACCUACGGGAGACACUACAAUACUCAUGCCGGAGUGCCUUCAUACCCCGCAGCUGGAAGUGUUUCUAUCGGUUAUGAUCAACCCUGUGCAAGGAGAGGAAAUAGCGACGUGACACGUGGUGACUAUCGUCACACCCGCACAAGGGAGAAUGAUGGCUACGGAGUGGGCAGCAGUCCCAGUGGGUACUACGCGACGAACUCCCGCAGUUACACUGAUAGGGAGCCAUACCAAACGUAUAACAGAAACAAGCAUGAUAAUACAUACAACGCGGAGGCGGAUCGUUACUUGAGGCGCAGAGAUAAGCGUCCUCGUCGGGAUGGUGAAGAAAUGCCAUAUCACCAAUACAGAGGGUAUUCUAAUCAAUACCGCAACGGUCACGCCUGGGAGGCGGAGGGAAACCGCAGGGGUGGUGAGAGACAGCGGAUGCCACAAUUACGUCACCAGCAGGAGCAGCAGCACCAGCAGCAGCAGCAGCGCCCACCGCAAGAACGUCGCAGAACUCCGCGGAGGAGGGAUAGUGAUGACGACUACGACAACGUGUUUUAA